GGGGGGGAAGGGCUCCGGCCAUGGAGGACCUGGAUGCCCUCUUGGCCGACCUGGAGACAACAGCAUCGAACCUGAGCCUGGAGCCCGCUCCACGUGGAAAGGUGCCUGGAGGUGACACAGAGCAGCUCUACAGCACAGUGCAGAAGCCGCGGCCGCCCCCCCCCGGCCUUGGGGAGCUCGAUCGGCUCCUGCGGGACCUGAACGCGACCCACAGCUGCAUCGCAGAUGAGCUCUUGGCCCAGUUGCCCCCCUCGAAGCCCCCCGAGGAGCUGAAGGCCCCAUUGGACGCCGGUGAGGAUGGAGCAGCCCCAGCUGGGCCCGCGGCGCCCCCGGGCACCCCCUCUGCAGCCACGCAGGAGCUGGACGCGCUCAUGGCCUCCCUGUCCCUCUUCCACCUCCAGCACCAGCGCCCCCCAAGUGUGGGGCAGGACCUGGACUCGCUGCUGCGGGUGCUGCAGAAGGACCUGGACAGGCAGGGGGUGCCCGUGGGGGGCAGGGGGCCCUGCGGGGGGUGCCUGAAGCCCAUUGCUGGGAAG